UGGCUCCCGACGGUGCUCAUCCUCCAUGGCGGCCAAUCACUUCCUCCACUUCAGCCCAGGCGUCACGGGCGCGCGGACGCCGGGGGUUUAUUAGGCGGCUCGGGGGACACUAGCUUUCCGGCGGCGGGAGAGGGCUGUCGCGGGGGGAGGCCCGGAGGUGGCUGCAUCGCGACGGGGCGGCUUUGUAAAGGGAUCGAGCCAGGUAACUAACCGAGAGCUCCAGGUGUUCUGUGUGGAAAGAGUAGCUUUGAAGUCUCUUCCUUUGCCAUAGGGAAGAUGCCUCAUUGUUAGAUGCCAGACCAGUCAUCUGUGCCAAGCUGCAACCAAAAUGACUAAGUACAAGCUUGUUCUCCUGAGGCAUGGGGAAGGAGCCUGGAACAAGGAGAAUCGCUUCUGCAGCUGGGUGGAUCAGAAACUGAGCAGUGAUGGAAUAAAGGAAGCUCAAAAUUGUGGCCGACAGCUUAAAGCUCUGGGCUUUGAGUUUGACCUUGUCUUCACCUCUGUACUCAGGCGCUCCAUCCAGACUGCAUGGCUGGUCCUGGAAGAGAUGGGCCAGGAAUGGGUCCCCAUGCAGAGUUCUUGGAGACUGAAUGAACGCCACUACGGUGCAUUGAUUGGUCUCAACAGAGCCGAAAUGGCUCUGAAUCAUGGAGAAGAGCAAGUGAAAAUAUGGAGGAGAAGCUAUGAUGUUACUCCACCUCCCAUAACUGAAUCGCAUCCCUACUAUGCAGAGAUAUACAAUGACCGUCGAUACAAAUGCAGUGAUGUCUCUCAGGAUAACCUUCCAAAGGCUGAAAGUCUAAAAGAUGUGCUCGAUAGACUCCUUCCCUAUUGGAAUGAAAAGAUAGUGCCAGAACUCAAAAGUGGUAAAAUGAUCCUUAUAUCUGCUCAUGGCAACAGCAGCAGGGCGCUGCUCAAGCAUUUGGAAGGCAUCUCCGACAAGGACAUCAUGAAUGUUACUCUCCCCACUGGUGUGCCCGUACUUCUUGAACUCGAUGAGAAUCUGCAUCCUCUGGGCCCUCACCAGUUUCUGGGUGAUCAGGAAGCUAUCCAAGCUGCCAUCAAAAAAGUGGAAGAUCAAGGGAAAGUAAAAUCUGCUGAGAAGUAAAAUCGUGAAAGUUACUUUUGAAGUGUGUGUGGGGUAGUUAAGUGAUUUAUUUAUGACUGCUAGGUUGCACUGUGUGAAAAUCUCAAUUUCAAGCACUAAGUAAUCAGAAGGGACAGUUGUUGAAUCCGUUUGGCAGGUGAACCCUCUGCCUUUCAAAAACUGGAAUUCAGAUCUCAGCGUGAGAUUAUGGAUAUGCAAAAGGAAAUACCAUCAUUCAGGUAAUGGGAACUUGCAGGGCAGUCUCACUCAGGUCUAGGUUUGAUGAUGGUUCAGGAGUGGAAAUAGAGGGGUAUGUUAUUGCCAUCUACUAGACCUGAUCUGUUAGUGGGGAAAAAAGCACUGUACAGCACCAAUCUUACUGGACUACUAAGUCUAGGUUGUUACAGGUACUAACAACGUUAUUCACUGACAGAAUGACACGAUUCUUCUUCCAAUUGCCAUGCCAACUUUAUUUCUGUAUAAAUUCUUUCAGUCUUUCCAAACAUGUUCUAUUUUACACUCUUCUUUCUCUUAUUUAAAGGUUCCCCAAGGCCAUUUCAUGGUCUAGGGGUGAAUUUUAUAGAGAUGCUUGGACUGUUAGAGCUACUGCAAUCUUUUAUUACGCUAUCAUUCAAUUUUUAAGGAAUCUAGAAGAUAUCCUUCUUCCUGCACCAUCUUCACAAAGCAUUGCACAACUGUGUUUUGUUGGUUUGCAAUAAUGGGAUUUAACUCAAACUUUAACUGCAAAUUAAGCACAAGUUUUCCUGCUUGAUGUUUAAAUUAUAUCUUAGCCCCAGUAAGCAACCUUAACAGUUCUGGAACAUAAAUAACAAGUUUCUCAAGUCUCCAGUAACAUGUUAGAAUUGUUUCUUUUUUUCCUCAGUGAAACUGGAAAUACAAAGCCCUUCUCUAAGCUUUUCUGAGUUGGAAAGAACAGACAAAUCUGUUCUACAGUAAUAUUGCUGUGUUACUGUUGGUAGACCCCUCUGGGCAGAAAUGCUGCAUAGGGCACUUAAGGUGUAUUACUAAAUGCAGCUCAUGUAGUUAUCAAGCUUAGCAGUGAAGGAUGUUCUACAGUGUCUGAAAGUGUUUUCUUAUAAAGCUCUCCUCACACUCAGCUUGAUUCCUGUUGAGUGUGACUAGUGCUUUGGUAUUAAGCUUGAACUGUGAGUGCACUGUAGUGUGUUCCAGCAUUGAGAUGGUUUCAAAUUUGAGAGUGAAUUUGGGAUUGUUGUUACUUUAAUUUUAAUACGACACAAUUAUUCAACAUUUGACCUCAAUUACCAGCAUUGGUGGCACUUGUGUAUGCAGUAUUUGAGCUGAAAGUGUUUUCAGCGUGGCCCAGCUACAAAUCUCAAAAGGCUAAUAAGUUUCUUUGGUAUGAUAGUAUACACUUCCUAAAAACCUUAGACUAACUCCUUUUUGCAGUGAGCAGCUUGGUAGCUAAUUUUAUAAGUGUGAAAAUGGCUUUUCCCCUGAGGAGAGCAGUGUGACAAUUUAUGCUUCUGACACAAACUGGAAGGAGUCUUUCCAGGUCAGAUACCAGCUCACGUUAAUGUGACAGGAGCUCCAUGAAAGAUGUCUUUACUAAAUGGUACUUUCUCUUACAUGAACAAUGCUUGGGAUUUUCUUUGGUUUUGUUUUAGUAGCCCUUGCAACAGGAACAAAGUUACUUGUUUGUUUUUCUUAAGAAUAAAAUUGGUAGGUUUCUUUUUCCUUUGUACAAGCCAGGGUAUUCAUCUCGUUUUCUCUGAAACCCUGUUAGCAGCUUUCCUACUACUAUAUUUGUAACUCUGCUUGACUUUAUGGGUUUUUAGUUUUCAGUGCAUAGUGACUCAGAGUCUUAGUUGAUACUUGGUGUUAAGGAGUUGCAUUGUUGAUGACAAAACAUACUUGUCCUCCCUCACUGCACUGACUGCUGGCACUGAUUAGAUUUCACUAGACAUCCAGUUAUGUUCAUUGCCAAGAAAAAAAUUACUUUAGAUUCAUUAACAAGACAAGCCUUGCCACAUGUCAUCAGUGGUAGCAGCAUGUGUCAGGAUGUGGGCUUAGAAAACAU